AAUGAUUAGGGGUCUUUAUAUCACAACAAAAAGAAUUAAACUAUGUCCUCCGCCGGAAUUCAUUCCCCCACCGCCACCGGUACAUCUAAUUCAAUGGCGGACUCUGAACAUCCGCGUCUCAUCCUCCACGACUUUCUCUCCCCUGAUCUCUGCAAGGAGCUUGAAUUCAUACACAAGAGCUGCAGCACAAUCGGGUACAGAGAAAAUGUGUUUUCGACUACACUUUCUCAUCUCAUUGCCACCAACUCUCCUCAUUUGAUUCUUCCCUUUCUCCCCAUUCGAGAGAAACUCAAAGAGAAAGUGGAAGAAUUCUUCGGUUGUGAAUAUGAGCUGUUCAUCGAAUUCACUGGUUUGAUCAGUUGGUGCAAAGGUGCAAGCAUCGGGUGGCAUAGCGACGAUAACAGACCAUAUCUCAAGCAACGUGAUUAUGCGGCAGUAUGUUAUUUGAAUAGUUAUGGCGUCGAUUUUAAUGGUGGUCUCUUUCACUUCCAAGAUGGCAACCCUGCAACAUUCGUCCCCAUGGCUGGUGAUGUUCUAAUAUACACUGCUGACACCCGAAAUGUUCAUUCUGUCGAAGAGAUUACAAAUGGUGAAAGACUGACUCUAACAUUAUGGUUUACCCGUGAUAAAUCUCAUGAUGAAGAUGUUAAACUGAUUUCAUCUCUAACUAAACAUCCAUGCAAUUCUUCUGACACCUAUUCAAAACCCUACCUUCCAUUUCCAGCCUCACAGAACAUGUACUGGUUUCCAUCUGAAGAAUCUUUAAAAUACCAAUCAGGAUUUGAUAUAAGAUGUGGAAGACUACAUGUUUUAGGAUACCAGUUUUGUUGUAAAGAUGCAAGGGUAAAAUCGUCCAUGGAUUUCUCUGACAUACUGCUUGAACCUUUACAUUUGGUAAAAGGAAAUGAUUUGUUUGACAAGGAAUUCUCAAACAUAUUACAUCUGCUUCAGGUGGUUCAGUUUUACCAUUGGAAGGGUCCCACAGAGUUGAAGAGAUCAGAAUUCAAAAUGGAAGCUAUGAAUGUAGUUCAGGUUUCUAUGUCACAAAGGGAGGAAAUUCGCCUUUUGAAGGUUGAAAGUUUGAAGGAUGAAGAUUUAGCAGAGGUGAUCUUUAAUGGUGGUGGGAGUGUGGAACAUGAUUGGGUGAGUUUUUGUGAUGUGGUUGAUUUAUGGGAAGCAUAUACGAGUAAUUUAUGGGAUAAUUUGGUUUUUAGACUACCAGAUUGGAUUGCAAACCAAUCUAUUUUCUAUGAAUGAGACUUAGUUGCUUGAUUAA